AUGGUCUUCUCUCCCUCUCUGACCCACACUCUUGGGUCGAACAUAUUGACAGUCGGUGUCGAGGUUGACCUUCACCACACCAUUCUUGAUGGCAGUGUCGAACUCGUGGUGAGAAGAUCCAGAACCACCGUGGAAGACCAAGAACAAUGGGUGCUUGGUCUUUGCACCGAUUUGCUUGACGGCAUACUCUUGGUGCUCUCCCAAGAUUUCUGGUCUCAAGACAACGUUACCUGGCUUGUAGACACCGUGCACGUUACCGAAAGCGGCAGCAAUGGAGAAGUUUGGAGAAAUUGGAGCAAGGGCUUUGUACACGGCAAACACAGUCUCUGGCUGGGUGUACAGCAAGUCCUUGUCUGCGCUCUCGUUGUUGACACCGUCCUCCUCACCACCGGUGAUACCGAUCUCCAUCUCGAGCCAUUGGUCCAGCUUGGCCAUUCUGGUGAAACUCGUGACAAGCUCGCAUUUGGUGUUGUAAUUGUCGCUGUUGAGCUUCCCAAUGUCCACCACAAUCUUAAGCUGUCCAUGGAGCUUGGUGUUCGUGUCGAGAUUGUGGAACGCGUUGAGCACCUCGUUGUUGUUAUCGCAGUCGCUGGUCCUUAUUACCAAAAACGUAUCGCGAUUGCCGGUGGUCUCGACCUGUGCAACCGAGCCGUUUUUUGUGAUGGUGAGAAAACUGUGGGGAAAGCUUGA